AUGGCGUUGAUGUACCCUAUCCACUAUCCUGCUGUCCCUUUUCGUUGGGAUGAACCUGCGUGGACAUCAAAAACUUCAGGUCCUGGCGAAGAAGCUGAGCUAAAUGCAAUGGAGAAAAGAGCUAAGUUAAAAUCGGUGAGCGCUGAGACACAAUCGAUUGCCUCGCAUCUUCUGAGUAAUUCGAUGCAUGAGGAUGACGAUGUGAUGGGCGAACUGGAUGAUGAUAUUGACGAAGAAGAUGAAACACAAAACUCGCGCUAA